GGAGCAGCUGCGAGUGCUACAUCUUGGCAGUCUGAAGCGAUUGGCUCCUCUCUGGGGAGUGGAGGGUGUUCAGUUAUUAAUGACCGCUGAGCAGGCAGCACCGUGUCAGUGUGACAACUGAUCUGGUGAACGAUGCACCACUAACCACCAUGGAAACGAGGAGAAAUAACGCCAGCUAGCAGGAUCUCUCUUCACGGGAUUGAGAGGCUCAGCCUGCUGCUGCCGGAGAGAGUUCCAGUCAAAAGAAGGAAUCCUAGCUGCAGGCUCCUGCCUUCCUUUAUAUUUUAGAAAAAGAGAGAGAGAGAAAGAGAGACACCAUUGCUUGCAUGUGUGCAUAUCUAUAGUAUGUAAUUGUGUGUACUUUAUUACACAUACAUAUGCACCUAUUUAUACUGGGGCAAGAAGACAGCCAUGUGAUUAUUUCAGCCAAGGAACUGAGCAAGCAGGGGCACCGGAGGAGGGCUAUCCCUGCAUCUGCUAAGGCAAGCUAGAAAUCUGGGACCUGGGAAGAAAGAGAAUAAUGCCUCUACAUCUGCAAGUCUGAACAAGCAUGGGAUUUGAAUCACAGAGUUCCAAAUAAAUGAAUUGCUCCAUAUCCUGUGACCAUCUAUACAUACACCAUCUUCAAAGAGACCAUCAAGACCCUAUCUCUGAGGAGACGGCAAGCAUCUUUCCUCCACGAUGCAUGCAAUUUUGGGGAAAUAUAUGUGUGGCUCUCCUAAGUAUUUCCAUGAAGGAAACACCCACAAUCCUGUGGUGUUCAUCUUUUGACAAAUGCAAAUACUUCCCUCAUCAGUCAGCUCCUACUGAACUUACUGGCUGUGACUGGAAUCCUUAAGGGCCUGUUAACUUUCUGAAGACAAAAGCUAAGAUGAAGGACACGCCACUCCAAGUCCAUGUGCUACUUGGCCUAGCUAUCACUACACUAGUACAAGCUAUAGAUAAAAAAGUGGAUUGCCCCCAAUUAUGUACCUGUGAGAUCAGGCCUUGGUUUACCCCGAGAUCCAUCUAUAUGGAAGCAUCGACAGUGGACUGUAAUGAUUUAGGGCUUUUAAACUUCCCAGCCAGAUUGCCUGCCGACACACAGAUUCUGCUCCUACAGACUAACAAUAUUGCAAGAAUUGAACAUUCCACAGACUUCCCAGUGAACCUGACUGGCCUGGACUUAUCUCAAAACAAUUUAUCUUCAGUCACUAAUAUUAAUGUACAAAAGAUGUCUCAGCUUCUUUCUGUGUACCUAGAGGAAAACAAGCUAACUGAGCUGCCGGAAAAGUGUCUAUAUGGACUGAGCAACUUGCAGGAACUCUACGUUAAUCACAACCUGCUCUCUACCAUUUCUCCCGGAGCCUUCAUUGGCCUACAUAAUCUUCUCCGGCUUCAUCUCAACUCAAACAGACUGCAGAUGAUCAACAGUCAAUGGUUUGAUGCUCUUCCCAAUCUCGAGAUUCUGAUGCUUGGGGACAACCCCAUCAUCAGGAUCAAGGACAUGAACUUUCAGCCUCUUGUCAAGCUUCGCAGCCUGGUUAUAGCUGGCAUAAACCUCACGGAAAUACCAGACGACGCCUUGGCUGGCCUGGAGAACCUAGAAAGCAUCUCCUUUUAUGAUAACAGGCUCAGUAAGGUUCCCCAGGUUGCACUUCAAAAAGCCGUUAACCUCAAGUUUUUGGAUCUAAAUAAAAAUCCUAUUAACAGAAUACGGAGGGGUGAUUUUAGCAAUAUGCUACAUUUGAAGGAAUUGGGGAUAAACAAUAUGCCUGAACUUGUCUCCAUUGACAGUCUCGCUGUGGAUAACUUGCCAGAUUUGAGAAAAAUAGAAGCUACUAACAACCCCAGAUUGUCUUACAUUCACCCUAAUGCAUUUUUCAGACUCCCAAAGCUAGAAUCUCUCAUGCUGAACACCAACGCCCUCAGUGCCCUCUACCACGGCACCAUAGAGUCUUUGCCGAACCUCAAGGAAAUCAGCAUACAUAGCAAUCCCAUCCGUUGCGACUGUGUAAUCCGCUGGAUUAACAUGAACAAAACCAACAUUCGGUUUAUGGAACCAGACUCGCUGUUCUGUGUGGACCCACCUGAAUUCCAAGGCCAGAAUGUUCGGCAAGUGCAUUUCAGGGAUAUGAUGGAAAUUUGCCUCCCUCUUAUAGCUCCUGAGAGCUUUCCUUCUGACCUGGAUGUAGAAGCUGACAGCUAUGUGUCGCUUCACUGCAGAGCUACUGCAGAACCCCAGCCAGAAAUCUACUGGAUCACACCUUCUGGUAAAAAACUAUUGCCAAAUACAAUGAGAGAGAAGUUCUAUGUUCAUUCUGAAGGCACACUAGAGAUAAGAGGCAUAACCCCAAAGGAAGGGGGGUUGUACACCUGCAUAGCAACUAACCUAGUCGGUGCUGAUUUGAAGUCGAUUAUGAUCAAAGUGGGAGGUUCUGUUCCUCAGGAUAAUAAUGGGUCAUUGAAUAUUAAAAUAAGAGAUAUCAGGGCCAAUUCUGUUCUGGUGUCCUGGAAAGCGAGCUCUAAAAUCCUCAAAUCCAGCGUUAAGUGGACAGCCUUUGUCAAGACUGAAGACUCUCAUGCUGCCCAAAGUGCUCGAAUACCAUUUGAUGUCAAGGUAUAUAAUCUUACUCAUCUGAAACCAUCUACCGAGUACAAAAUUUGUAUUGAUAUUCCCACCGUCUAUCAGAAAAGCAGAAAACAAUGUGUGAAUGUCACCACAAAAAGUCUGGAGCAUGACGGAAAAGAAUAUGGAAAGAAUCAUACAGUAUUUGUGGCCUGUGUUGGAGGCCUUCUAGGGAUCAUUGGUGUAAUGUGUCUUUUCAGCUGUGUCUCACAAGAAGGGAGCAGUGAGGGUGAGCACAGCUAUGCUGUGAAUCACUGUCACAAGCCAGCCUUGGCUUUCAGUGAGCUUUACCCUCCUCUAAUCAACCUCUGGGAGUCCAGCAAAGAAAAACGGGCAACACUGGAAGUAAAAGCAACGGCUAUAGGAGUGCCGACAAAUAUGUCCUAAAAACAACCAACCAAACCUACUUCAAAGAAAAGCUGGAAACGGCAGUACUGCUUAAAAAUCAACAACAAAAAAUAGGCAGGGGAAUGUCACUUUCUGAAAAGAAGGCUCAGUGUCGCCAAUGCUGCUCCUGACCAAGGGAGAGGUGAAAGUUCGGCAUUUUAAUUGACUGGCUUCAAAGGGUACUGUGGCAACCAAAUAAAACAAUUCCAUUUUCUAGAACUUUCAUGUAACUUUUAUGUCAGGACUGCAGUUAAACGUGAACAUUUCUGUAUUUUUUUUAAGUAUAGAAGAGUAGUUGAACUGAGCAAUACCUCCUCCUGUGUUGUAUUACACAUAUUAGCCACGAGUUUUUGCAGUGACCAGAUAAACUUGAAUUGACACGUGGUGUAAUGGAAAGGACAAAUUCUGUAGAGUAGACACAGUGAGUAUGUGGACCUCUUUUAUAAGGAAAAAUACAUUUUGGAUUAAAAUCAAUUGCUUUUGUCUUGUUUUUGUUUCUAAAUAAAGAAUAAUUUCUGGGAAAUA